GAUGAGUGUUUCAAUGAUCCUUGUCUGAAUGGGGGCACCUGUAAUGAUCUGGUCAACAUGUAUCAAUGUGAAUGUGCCAUUGGAUUUGCUGGAGUCAACUGUGAAGAAGACGACCGCCCUCAACUGGAGAUUGUCAGAAUCUGGAGCAACGCCAUCACCAUCUACUGGACUGUUCUUAUCGAGGUGGAGUCGUUCAGAGUUGAGUACCGAAAGGUCAAUGAUUCAGAGUGGUUCAUCAGUGACAUUCUGAAUGGAGGAAGACGUUUGUACAGUCUUCUUGAUCUUGAGAGCGAGACAGGCUACGAGCUGCUGCUUGUGAUGAAGAGAGCUGCAGGAGGAAGCAUCGCUACAACCGUACCAGUCACAGUCGUGACCUGUCAAAGGGGUUUCAGUGGAGAAAACUGCUCACAAGAUGCAAGAGACCUGCCUUUCAACAUUCAGAUCCAGACGGCGCGCACCAACUCCCUCACCGUGACUUGGAACGCUGACUUCACCCCUCCCACCAACAACAGGAUCCAGCUCCAGUACCGGCCCUACGGAACCACCACCUGGAUCCCCGGACCAAGGAUCACUGCUGUGUCCCAGGGGAUAGCUGACAUCCCGUCCCUCCGAGGCAACGAGUACUACGAGGUCAGGAUCUAUGUCGGAGAUCUGGACCUUCAGCUUUUCAACUAUAGCUUGGUUAACAGGUUCUAUACUUGUGAGCCGAACCGUGUUGGACCCAAUUGUGAAAACGAAUAUCAAAUUUGCACCGUGUGGGGAGAUCCUCAUUACAUCACUUUUGAUGGAGCUUCCUACAACUACCAAGGAGACUGUGAGUACACCUUAGUCACCGAUGACUGCGUUGCCUCAGAGAACCCUAGCAGUCUGCCUGGCUUCCACCUAUGGAGUGAUAACGUGAAGCGUUUGCCUUCAGACAGGGUGGCUUACUUGAGAGAGAUUGGGUUGGAAGUGGAUGGAACUGUCUUUACAGUCGGGAGGGACCAUGUCCUGAGGAUUGAUGGCAUUAAUGUCACACCCCCAAAGAGGUCGGGACAGGUUUUUAUCUUCUACACUGGAGCACACACAAUUAUUACAACUGACUUUGGUCUACGAGUUCAGUAUGAUGGAGGAUACAGAGCUGAAAUAACACUCCCAGACACAUACAAGAACAUAACAUGUGGUUUGUGUGGUACAUAUGAUGAUCUGCAGGAUAAUGAAUAUACUAAGAAGAAUGGUCUUGUGGUGACUUCAGCCCGUGAGUUUGCCAACAGUUGGACCAUGUCUGAUUGUGAGAUUCCACUAGAAGAUGAGAUCCCAUGCUCAGAUGAUGCAACAAGGACUCAGGCAGAGGAACUAUGCAACAUUCUCAAUGAUGUAAAUGGUGUAUUGGGACCUUGCUUUAAUGUCCUUGACCCUGUUGUGUACUAUGAUGCCUGUGUGUAUGACCUCUGUGUAACACUUCCUGAAGAUGACUUGGUUUGUGCUGACAUCGAUGCCUAUGCAUCGGCCUGUAGACAGGCUGGAGGAGUCCUGGCUGGAAACUGGAGAGCAGAACUUACUCAAUGUGGGCUGACCUGUCCUGUGAACUCCACCCUCCACUCCUGUGCCAGUGGCUGUCAGCCUGCCUGCUCCGAUAAUAACAUCCAGUCUGACUGUCCAGUGUCCUGUAUCGAGACAUGUGUAUGUGAUGAGGGACUGGUAUUAGAUAGUGACAGGUGUGUGGAAUCUCAAGACUGUGGAUGUCUUGAUGAAAAUGCUGAAUACCGCUCGCUUAAUGAAACAUGGACAACCGACGAUUGCAGGAGAAAGUGCAAUUGUACAGGAUCAGGGUCCGUUCAAUGUUCCUCUUCCAGCGUAUCAUGUGGACCCAACGAGGAGUGUGCCAUCAAGAGAGGGGUCAGAGACUGUUACUGUCUCGAGGAUUACUCUAGGGACGACAAUCAGGAAUGCAUCAGAGAGCCAGGACACUGUAUAGUUAGAGGAGAUCCCCACUACGAGACCUUCGACCAUCACAGGUACAACUUCCAAGGGGAUUGUGAAUACACCCUCAUCAGACCCUGCAACAAGGAGGAGAAUAGCAGUCUUGUGGACUUCCACCUGUGGAGCAACAACCUGAAGAAUAACCCCUCUGAUAGAGUGUCCUACAUGAGAGGCUUCACUCUGGAGUAUAAUGGGACGCUGUUCAGUGUGGAGAGUGGGAACGAGGUGUAUGUGAACGGAAGGAGACUGUCAGGUUCCCUGUUCAGCUAUGGCAGUGAUGUCAGGAUACAGUGGGACAAUCAGUACACGUUCUUGGUGACCUCUUUUGGAUUGCAAGUGGUUUAUGAUGGGAAGCAUACAGCAGACAUAGAUCUGAGCUAUGAUUACUGGACCAAGACCUGUGGUCUAUGUGGUACCUUCGAUGGUGAUGAUAGCAACGAGUACAGACGACUAGACGGGUCUCAGACACCAUACAUGACAGUCUUCAUCCAGGAUUGGGUCAUUAACCCCUCAUCCUGCAAUGGGGAAUCCCCUGAGCCACCUGUGUGUGAAGGAGAAACAUAUGAGGAAGCUCUCGACCUGUGUUACAUAUUCAGCUACCCAGAUAGUCCUCUGUCUGGGUGCUUCGACUUUGUCUCUCCCCGUGAUCUGUACGAGGACUGUGUGUAUGAUUCCUGUGCCUUGGGUCCUGGGUUUGACGUAUGUGAUUACAUUCAGGAAUAUGCCUUGAUCUGUAUGGAUGAGGGCAUUGACCUUGGAGAGUGGAGGUCAGAGGUGCCUGAGUGUGCAAUCACCUGUACCGGUGGUAAAGUCUACCAGACAGGAGCGAGCGCAUGCCAGCUGACCUGUGGGUUCCAGAACUCUGGACCCUGCACACGCCCCUCCUACGACAGGUGCGUCUGCCCAGAUGGGCUGGUGGAGGACGGGGACCGGUGUGUGGAUCCCAACGAGUGUGGGUGCAACUUCUUCUACAGUGGAGAGAACAUCCACAUGGAGUCUGGAUCGGAAUGGAUCAGUGAUACCUGCGACCGGCGCUGCACCUGUACGGGCAUCACUUUGACCUGUACUGACAUAGAAUGUGGAGAGUUUGAAGAAUGUGUCAUCAAAGGAGGUGUUAGAGACUGCUUCUGUUUCAAUAGAUUCACUCGUAAUGAAGAAGAUAUAUGUGUCAGAGCUCCUGGAGUAUGCACUGUUUGGGGUGACCCUCACUACGUCACCUUUGACAACGGUAACCACAACUUCCAAGGAGACUGUGAGUACACCCUGGUCAGACCAUGCACUGACCGGAUGGACCUCGUCGAUUUCCACCUCUGGGGUGACAACGUGAAGAACAAUCCCUCCGAGAGGGUUUCUUACCUGCGGAAGAUUGUGCUUGAGGUGAACGGCACCAGCAUUGCCAUCACGAGGAACCGUGAGAUCCUAGUGAACGGAGCCAGGAGGAUAGCACCUGUUAGGUUGAACAAUGGCAUCAUGAUACGUUCGGAUAGCUCCUACUCGACCAUUGAGACUAAUUUUGGACUGAAUGUGCGGUAUGAUGGUUCCGAAACUGCCAAUAUUGAGGUAUCUUACGACUACUGGAAUGCUACAUGUGGACUCUGCGGUACCUUUGAUGACGACAGUACCAAUGAGUUCAGGUUACAAGAUGGAAGUCUGACACCAUAUGAAAAUGUGUUUGGCAAUAACUGGGUCCUUGAUGCAUACGAGUGCGAAACCGGUAUAGAAAGACCAGUUGACAGAUGUGAGGAAGACUCUGCUAUCAAAAUGUUGGUGGAAGAUAUCUGCUAUGUCUUUAUCAAUUCUGAAGGACCUCUUGGUGACUGUCUUGACUUUGUGAAUGAGGAUGCCUACUAUGAUGCUUGCAUCUAUGACCUCUGCUAUACUGAUCCUGGUAAUGACAUCAUUUGCGGAGCCUUGCAGGAGUACGUCCAGCAGUGCAGGGAAGCUAACGGCAUCAUCGGAAAUUGGAGAGAAGGGGUCCUACAGUGUCCUUUUGAGUGUCCCAGCGACAAGACCUACCAGUCAUGUGGGAGCGCCUGCCAGCCGAGCUGUGCCGAGCCUGAGGCUGACCUGAACUGCACCCUACCCUGCCAUGAGACCUGCAGCUGCCCUGAGGGACAGCUGGAUGAUGGUGGGCGAUGUGUGGAACCAGAGAACUGUGGAUGUACUCUUCCAGAUGGGAGCUACAUAUCGGUGAGUGGACGGAACCUUCUACCGAAUGAGUCCGAGCAGGGAAGUGUACCGCUACUUCCAAAUACGAGCAUGGUUGGAUAA